AUGGGCGGCGUCACGGCGGUGGGCAACCGCUACGCCAACAUCGCCUACUACUCGGUGAUGAAUGCGCUCGAGCUUCCUGCGCACGACACCUCUGUCACCAGCAGCCGUCUCGAGCCACUAAAUCAAGCAACGGCCGCAGCACAGUUGACAGCGAUGGCCAGUGCGCGCUUUGCAGAUUUGCGCGGACGUGCUUUGGCGCUUGUCAACGCCCUCGAUACGUCGGGCGAGUACGACUACGUGCUGGCUACUUACACUGAGAAGCCCCCCAAGUUCAUUGUUCGCCCCCCAAACGCUCUGAUACCGCCCAAGGUGCUGCAAGGCCUCGACGAGACGACGCGCGACUUCGGGGGAUCGUCAUGCACUCUUCUCUUUUGGGCCAAGCGCCACCGGCUUCGAUUUCUCGGUGGCUUUCAACCCGCCCUCGCUUACGCCCGCAGCGUCGUCCAAGGUGGCGCCGACGAAGACCUCGGGUAUCCGUCCAACGACGCGCUCAUCCUCGCGCUCAUUGAAGUCGCCAGCGGCAUUGACGACAAGGGCCAAGACGACGUGGGGAUUUCCUCUAUGGCUCCGACAACGACAGCGACAAUGACAGCGAAAGGCAUCAAGACGCACGAGCCUGAGCUACCAGGAGCGACGAUGCUGCAAUUUCUUCUCGACGUCAACAACAUCGACCUCAUCGAUGAAUACCUCCGCCACAGCUGCCAAAACCACGAUCAUCCCAAGAUGCACCACAUUGGACCCAAGCUCCAUGCGUGCCUUACUACGUACGGUUGGUCUGCCCUUGGCUCUGCAGUACAAGCAAUGGUGCAGCGCUGGGUCGCAACGUCGCCGCCCGAGAUCCUGCAUUUGCCGUUUGUGCUGCUCGCGAGUCUGGCCGGCGUGCUGGACGACCCGAUCUGCGCGCCGCUCGACCAUCCGCGCCUCCCCGAGGUCAUCCAAGCCGCGUACGUGGCCCUUCGCAGUGCAUGCGAUGCAGCAAAAGCAUUGGAUUUUGACGUUUUGUCAAGAGGGCGGCGCUGCAAGCCGAUCGCGAUGGAUGCGGCGCUGCACAUGGUCAAGUGCAGUCUCUUGAUUGAAGCGUUGCUUCGCGACGCAGUUGUGGUAUCGUCGUCCUGGGCGCUGGACAAGUCUCUUCCGCCGGUCCUAAUCUCGAUGGUCCAUAGCUACUGGGCACCGGUUGGUAUCAUGGCAGCGAUGACAGGCGACGCUCGCUCCAAGAACUUUCAAAACCAUGCACUCCUCCCCGCGAUCGGGUUGGCCAUGGAGCUGAACCCACGUGUCGACUAUGCGCCCUAUGUCCUCAAACCGUUUGACCACCCCGAGAGCGACGGCUCGAGUGACGCCUCGCUGUCGAUCGCGGCAGCCACGGGCAGUCUCUUUUACUUUGCGACGGCGCGCAAGGACAAGCUCGAGACGUUUUAUGAUUUCUUUAUCGAACUCGGUUUUCACGAGAACGACCACAUGCUUUGGCUCGUCCGCGCGAUCUGCAACGUCAGUAAGCGCCUCACGAUGCGCAGCAAGCACGUCACCGAUCUCGCCAAGUUGGCGGCGAAAGCCAUGCGAAGCGUCACGCUUGCGCCGGGCGAACUCGACAACGUGGUUCGAUCGUACGGUGGCGAUGCGGUGCCUCUCGAUGAUGAGUUGCGCCACGAGUACACGUGUCGGUGCAGCAUCUCGGACGCCCUUGGCUUCUUCAAUGAUGUCGCACCCUUCCACGUCGGGCUCCUCAUCAACAAGCUCCAAAAGUACCUUCGAGGCAGCCACGUCGCGCCGCUGCGGGCAGCAAGCGUGAUAGUACCGCUGCUGCAAGACUUUGGCUCUCGCUGGCCUAUCCUUGCACUGAGCGUCCGGAACGACAUUGCGGAGGCCCUGCGAGUGCACUUGGCCGAUACGGCGGCUCUUGUCGUACGUAAGUUCAAAGACUGGAGCAUCGAGAUCAAUGGGACGACCAACUGCGCAUGUCACGCCUGUACAAAAAUGCACGCGUUUUUGCGCUCGCAAACACAGCGCAAGCUCGAGAUGGAUCAAGAGAAUACCACGCCGUGCGAACACUGGACAACUACGCUUGCGCAACUCGAGGGUACCAACCGUGUCCGGCGCAAGGAGUAUGGCAUCGCCAAGGUCACAGGACCGGAACACGUUAAAGAUGCCUACUUGUUGCGCAUCUGCAUACAGCAACGCGAGGACCGCCAACGCGUGUCGGAGCUCCUUGCCAUGGUGGUCGCAGUCAUCGGAAGCGCCAAGGACGGACAGCACGAGACCAAGCGCCUGUGCGUCGCCUAG